AUGGUUGGACUCACAUCUGCCUCUGGCCUGGUGGGCUUUCUAUCGGAGCCAGACCCAGAGCUUAAAGUGUUUGCUUUGAAAACACUCGAUGCCGAGGUCGACGUGCUAUGGACUGAUAUCGUUGAUGCGAUUCCUGAAAUAGAGGCUCUAUACGAGGACGAGACAUUUCCUGAGCGCGAACUCGCAGCCUUAGUCGCUUCAAAAGUGUACUAUCACUUACAAGAAUACAAUGAAAGCAUGGUAUUUGCACUUGGUGCUGGAAAGCUAUUGAACUUGGACAAAGGCGGCGAGUUUGAGCAGACAAUCAUCUCCAAGUGUAUCGAUACAUUCAUAUCACUAUCCGCUAGCCGUCGUCCAGCAGUUGGCGAGACCCCACUGUCUCUCAACACCGCUUUCCCUUCAUCCUCGAAUGGCGCCACGAACACGUCAGCCAGCCUAGCCUCUCCCAUCACGCCAUUUUCACAGUCUGCCCUUCCUUCGAAAUCUCUUUUGUCGCGCGAGGAAGAGCCAAGCUCAGAUGCCGCCUAUGCAGGUGGGGAAGACAGUGCCUCUAAAUACGAAGAAACUUCCUUGGUUGUGAGGAGAGGAGUACAGAAACAACUACAAACUGUCAUUGAGCGGCUUUUUGAACAGUGUUUUCGUCAACACAGAUACCGCCAGGUCGUCGGAAUCGCGAUAGAAGCGAAGAAUUUGGAGGUUUUGCGAACGGCUAUCCUUCGAUGCAGUGAAGCUGAGAAGCAACAGGGAGAUACCUCAAGGCACGGCGAGGAAUUAAUCGAAUAUGUGCUGGAUAUUUGCAUGGGUGUCAUUCAGGAGCGAAGUUUCCGUAAUGAGAUCCUGAAGCUCAUCCUUGAGCUUCUGAAUCAAAUUCCGUCUCCAGACUACUUCUCAAUCGCCAAAUGCGUCGUUUAUCUCGAUGAACAUUCUAUGGCUACGGAUAUUCUACGACAACUUGUGGACAAGGGGGACGCGAAGUCGUUGGCCAUCGCAUAUCAGAUUUCGUUUGAUCUUUACGAUAAUAGUACUCAGGAGUUUCUAAAGAAAGUUAUCGGGGAGGUCGCAGAACUCAUCCCAGAUGAAACUCAAACUGAAGGAUCAAAUGGUACUGAAGCUACUGAAUCAGACUCUCUGCUGCAGAAUCAAUCAUCUUCCAAGAGCGAGUUAUCGAAAGAGGCACUCGAAGCUUUCAAGGCAAUUCGCGACAUCUUGGACGGCGUUAAGACUAUCCAGCUCAACCUUGAAUUCCUCUACCGCAGCAACAAGGCCGAUGUGUCAAUUCUCAACAAAGUGCGAGACAGUCUUGAAGCGAGGAACUCCAUUUUCCACAAUGCCGUUACAUUUUCAAAUGCAUUUAUGCAUGCGGGUACAACGCAUGACAAGUUUUUCCGUGACAAUUUGGAAUGGCUCGGAAAAGCUGUCAACUGGUCGAAAUUCACGGCAACUGCCGCUCUUGGUGUAAUUCACAGGGGAAAUCUUUCAGAGGGCCGGAAGCUUCUUGCUCCAUACCUACCCCGCGAGCACAUCUCCGGUGUUGGUAGCACAGGCUCCGUCUACAGCCAAGGUGGAUCUCUGUUUGCAUAUGGUCUGAUCUACGCAAAUCAUGGAGGUGCUGCUGUUGAGCUUAUUCGUGAUCAUUUCAAAAAAGCGACCGAGGAAGUUGUACAACAUGGAGGUGCUCUCGGUCUUGGUGUCGCAGGUAUGGCAACAGGAGAUGAGGGUAUCUGGGAAGAUCUCAAAAAUGUUCUUUACACAGAUUCUGCCGUGAACGGUGAGGCAGUUGGGUUAGCUAUGGGCCUUGUCAUGUUGGGUACCGGUAACAUGAAGCUUUUGGAAGAAAUGGUCCAGUACGCCCAUGAGACCCAACACGAGAAGAUCGUGCGGGGCCUUGCGUUGGGUAUGGCUCUGAUCAUGUUCGGCCGACAAGAAGCCGCUGACGAACUCAUUAACGGCUUAUUGGGUGACCCUGAUCCCUAUCUCCGUUACGGGGGAAUUAUGACUGUUGCUUUAGCCUACUGCGGCUCAGGCAGCAACAAGGCAGUUCGCAAGCUCCUCCAUGUUGCGGUCAGCGAUGUCAACGACGACGUUCGUCGAGUGGCUGUGAUGAGCUUGGGAUUCAUCCUUUUCCGCAAGCAUCAGAGCGUGCCCCGUAUGGUUGAGUUGUUGUCUGAAUCCUACAACCCGCAUGUCCGGUAUGGUGCUGCCAUGGCUUUGGGUAUCUCCUGCGCUGGUACUGGCCUCGAUGAAGCUAUUGAUCUUUUGGAGCCCAUGCUUAAAGAUCCUACGGAUUUCGUGAGGCAAGGCGCUCUUAUCUCACUUGCUAUGGUGCUGGUUCAGCAAAACGAAGUCAUGAACCCCAAGGGCGGGUCCAUUCGCAAGACCAUGAAUAAGAUGAUUACGGACCGCCAUGAGGAUGCCAUGGCGAAAUUUGGUUGCGCCAUUGCUUUAGGUAUCAUUGAUGCAGGUGGACGAAACUGCACCAUCAGCCUGCAGACUCAGACGGGCAAUCUUAACAUGCCCGGAAUCGUGGGUGCUGCUGUCUUUACGCAGUACUGGUACUGGUUCCCUAUGGCCCAUUUCCUUUCCCUGAGCUUUACGCCGACUGCUGUCAUUGGUGUUGAUCAAUCACUCGAGGUACCAGUGUUUAAAUUCCACAGCAACACGCGACCCAGUCUCUUUGACUACCCUCCUGAGCAACAGGUCAAGGCCGAUGAGACUCCUGAGAAAGUCAAGACUGCAGUCCUCUCAACAACCAACCAGGCUAAGCGACGCGCGCAACGUCGAGAGAAGGAACAGCAACAACAGCAGCGAGAGAGUAUGGAUGUUGAUCAGACCCCAACAACACCCAAGGUCUCUGGCCAAGCUCCUGAGAAGGUGGAUACGGAAGAAGGUGCUGCCAAAGAGGGCGAAGAGGGCAAGCAGGCUGACAAAGAGGAAGCUCCCGCGGAUGGACCGAAGAGAAAGGUCGAGAAGGAAAAGAUUGGGUAUGAGCUAGAGAACAUGUCACGUGUUCUCCCAGCGCAAUUAAAAUACUUGACUUUCCCUGACUCCCGAUACGAGCCUGUCAAACGCCCUACCGGAGGAGUUGUUGUUGUCCUCGACAAGAAACCCAAUGAAGAAAAAGAAACAAUCGAAUUGCGAGCAACUUCGGAACUUCGCCAGGCCGCCUUCUCAGACGCCCUUCAAUAUUUCCAAGACCGUCUGCAAGCGCAAGGUGUAUCCGCCAAUGCAUUCGCAACACCACAACGGGGCGGAGCUGGAGCAGACGCCACCGGGGCUGCCCUGGCGGCGGGAGUACUCACUGCAGUUGAUGAAGAUGAGGAGGGUGCAGAGGAUGCGCCUGUUCCCGAUGAAUUCGGCUAUGAGACGGAUAAUAUGGAGGAAUAG